UUCAAAAAUUCUAGUUCGAGUUCGAGUUCGAGUUCUCACGUCCAUGGAGAUGGGAUCAGUCACAGUAAGAUUCGAAGAGGAAGAGCUUGAAAAUGGUGAAUCAGAGAGGAGGAGAAAGAGAGGGAAAAGGAAAGAGGCGGAGGAUGGAAUGGUAUUAGAUCCAAGGCUGCCCAUAUUGAACGCAUGGAACAGGAUUUUUCUGGUGGCUUGUCUGGUUUCACUAUUUGUGGACCCUCUCUUCUUCUUCCUGCCCCUCGUCAAUACCGAGGAUGUCUGCGUCGAAACCAGCCGAGGGCUCGCCGUGGCGCUGACCGUGGUUCGAUCCAUGGCGGAUGUGUUCUACAUAAUCCACAUAGUGGUGAGGUUUAGGACAGCUUAUGUAGCUCCCUCCUCCAGGAUCUUUGGAAGAGGGGAGCUCGUCAGUCUCCCUUCCAAGAUUGCUGCCAACUAUCUUGGUUUCGAGUUUUGGCUUCAUUUCGCUGCUGCUUUGCCUCUUCCACAGGCAUUCAUAUGGGCUGCAAUCCCAAACAUGAUGAGGGGUUCAAACAUGAGCCCAUGGAGUUACUUGGUUCGGUUCUCCAUUCUGUUCCAGUACCUGUUGAGGCUGUAUCUCAUCUUCCCUCUAUCUGAACAGAUCAUUAAGGCCACUGGAGCUCUGAUGAAAACGGCAUGGGCUGGAGCUGUCUAUAACCUAAUGCUCUUCAUGCUUGCAAGCCACGUUUUGGGGUCGUGUUGGUACCUUUUAUCCAUAGGACGACAAAUGGAAUGCUGGAAAAAGGUCUGCAGUUUGGGGGAGCUGGAUUGCGGAUAUGGGCUUUUUAGUUGUAAGGCUAGCAGAGGUGCUUGGUUUGAAGCAACCAAUGUUUCAAAUCUUUGUCAUCCAAGUGCCACCACUUUCUUCCAUUUUGGCAUCUUUUCUGAUUCUUUUGCAUCAACUUCUUCCUCCUUUUUCAGUAGGUACUUCUACUGUUUUUGGUGGGGGCUCAGGAAUUUAAGCUCUCUAGGACAAAAUUUGCUAACAAGUAGCAAUGUGGGAGAGAUCAAUUUCGCCAUUGUGAUUGCGAUUGUGGGCUUGGUUCUUUUCGCUCUUCUUAUUGGGAAUAUGCAAACUUACCUCCAAUCGACGACAUUGAGGCUAGAAGAGUGGAGGGUGCGGCGGAGAGACACAGAGCAAUGGAUGCAGCACAGGCAGCUGCCAUACGAACUGAAGCAAAGCGUGAGAAAAUACGAGCAAUUCAGAUGGAUGGCAACCCAUGGGGUAAACGAAGAAGACAUCCUGAAAGGCCUUCCUCUGGACCUCCGACGAGACAUCAAGCGGCAUCUCUGCCUCGAUCUCGUCCGCCAGGUUCCCCUGUUCGACGAAAUGGAGGAGAGAAUGUUGGACGCUAUAUGCGAAAGGUUGAGACCCUGUUUAAGCACUUCCAAUACAUGCUUGGUCCGGGAAGGCGACCCAGUCAACGAGAUGCUGUUUAUAAUCCGUGGCCAUUUGGAUUCCCACACCACGAAUGGCGGCCGGACUGGGUUCUUCAAUUCCAGCCGUCUCGGACCGAGUGACUUCUGUGGCGAGGAGCUACUUCCAUGGGCGUUGGACCCUGGAGCAGCCGCGGUGCUACCAUCGUCGACUCGCACUGUGAAGGCCGUCACGGAAGUGGAAGGGUUCGCGCUCAUUGCGGAGGAUUUGAAAUUCGUGGCGGCCCAGUUCCGGAGGCUUCACAGUAAGCAGCUUAGGUACACUUUCAGGUUCCACUCGCACCAGUGGCGGACGUGGGCGGCGUGCUUUAUACAGGCCGCGUGGUUUAGAUAUAAGCGGCGGCGGAAGGAGGGGAAGAAGAAUAACAUUAAUGUUGUUAGGAAGUAUGCCGACAACUGUAGGAGGGUUGUCGGAGCUGGUGGUGGUGGCAGUAGCCGAUGUUGUGAUGGCGGCGAGAUGAAUGCGGUUCAUGGUUCGCUGCUGAAGCCACUUGAACCUGAUUUCUCGGUGGAACACAGAUGAAGAACAAAAACAUUAUGUUUUUUUUUUUUUUUUUUUUAAAUUUGUAUUUUAAUUCGAAUUUAUAUGUGGCUUACGUUCAA